AUGUCUUCCUCGCAACCAAGCCCGGGCACCAGCGCGUACCAACAGAUGAUGGACCAACUGAAGAAACAAGGUCCUCCCUACCCUCCCAUGGGCGCUGGUCUCGGCGGCCGUCCCACCGUCGGCGUCGACGUCCCCAUCUCGGCCGUCUUCAUCGCCAUCUUCAUCGCCUCGGCCGUCGUCAACAUGACCAUCCUGCAGCGCAACCGCCGGCGUGGGCACAAGUUUGUCCUCUCGGGCCUGCUCUUCGGCUUCAGCAUGGCGCGCAUCACCGCCAACGUCAUGCGCAUCGUCUGGGCCACGCGCCCGGCCGACGCCUCCAUCGCCAUCGCCGCCAACGUCCUCACCAACGCCGGCGUCGUGCUGCUCUUCGUCGUCAACCUCAUCCUCGUGCAGCGCGUGCUGCGCGCCUACCACCCGCGCCUCGGCUGGAGCCGGCCCGUGAGCCUGACGUUUCGCUUCCUCUACUUCUCCAUCGCCGCCGCCAUCGUCAUGGUCAUCGUCGCCGUCGUAUACAGCUUCUACACGCUCGACCCGACCGCCCGCAUGCGCAUCCGCGAGGUCCAGCUCACGGGCGUCGUCUUCCUUGCCGCGCUCGCCUUCCUCCCCAUCCCCAUCGGCCUCGCCGCCGGCCUCGUCCCGGGUCGCGAGCCCCGCGACCCCUUCGGCCAGAGCCACCCGCAGGGCCGCGCCCGCUCGCUGCGCUUCAAGCUCGCCCUCAUCCUCUUCACCUCGACGCUCCUCACCCUCGGCGCCUCCUUCCGCGCCGGCACCGCCUUCUACCAGCGCCCGGCGAGCAACCCCGCCUGGUUUCACAGCAAGCCCAGCUACUACUGCUUCAACUACACCAUCGAGAUCAUCUGCGUCUUCACGUACGCCCUGCUGCGCUUCGACCGCCUCUUCCACAUCCCCGACGGCAGCAGCGCGCCGGGGCACUACGCCGGCCUCGGCGAGCCCGAAAAGGCGGGCGGCCUCGAGGAGCCUCUGGACAGCGAGCGUCCCCUGACGGCCGCGGAGCAACGGGAGCAGGAGACCAACUGGGAUUCGCGGCUGCGAAGCGAGCUCAAUCACCAGACUGUCUAA